GGUUUGUCUGUAUGCAACUGUUUUGUCCAACAGAAUAAUGGCAACAGGACUGACUGAUGAAAGGAGCAACGUGACAAUGAAGCAGACGUUUAGUUGUACAGUCUUUCUAUUGAAAGUAUUGACGGCAACGGUUGUGACCCCUGUAUUCUCCUACACCGCUUGGGAUGAAAAGAACUUAAGAACAAAACUUUUAACCAACUACAACACUAAGAUUCUCCCGGGUUGGAAUCAGUCGGAAACAUUUUUCAUUCACAUGGGCUUUGCACUGCACACAAUACUGGAUCUGGACGAAAAACACCAAGUACUUAAGCUGUCUGGAAAUUUACAACUGAAGUGGGAAAAUCACAUGUUGCGAUGGAAUCCGUCCGAUUAUGGGGGAAUCAAAGCUAUCCAAUUCAAUCCACACCAGCAAUGGACGCCAAAGUUAGCUGUUGGAAAUAGCGUGAAUUCUGAUGCUGUCAUAGGGUCAGGAGAUUACUUGGUGAGAGUGUUCUAUGAUGGAACCACCUUGUGGUACCCAACAGUAGUGACCAAAACAAAAUGUACUAUCAGGGUUACACAGUACCCGUUCGACACACAUACCUGUCCUGUUACAUGGAAUGCACAGAUGUACACCACACAGAGGAUGUUCCUGAACGCAUCUCGAGCUAACCUAGCAUUGCACCUCUUCCAUGAAAAUGGAGAGUGGGAGCUCACGUAUCACCGUGUGCAUAACGAAGAGGGUUUCCACAGUGAUGGCGUCCUGUUCAGUAAAGUCGUCUGCGAGCUUACCCUCAAACGUCGCGCUGAAUAUCACGUGAUAAACACGGUGUUGCCGGUCCUGAUGCUGUCUCUUUUGAACGCUGUGGUGUUUCUUCUUCCUCCUGAAUCCGGCGAGAAGAUGUCACUAUCCAUCACAGUUCUAUUAGCCUAUGCUUUAUUUCUAUCUGCCUACGGUGAGACAAUGCCAUCAACGUCUAACAGCGUUUCUGCUCUAGCCGUGUACAUGGUUUUCACUCUUGGACUGGGUACAAUGUCAACAUUUCUGUCAGCCAUUGUCCUAAACUACGCUUAUGACGACGAGAACUCCAGUGGACGGUUUUUCUCCCCGGGAUGUUUCCGGGCUGACCAAGUUUCCCACGGAAAACAGCAAUCUCUCCAUGCCAGUGGGAACGAAAUACAGGAAACAGCACUUUGUGAAGAGCCAUCUGUGAAUACAAGAAGAGAUAAUCCACUUUCACUGAAUUUCGUAAGAAACAGGGCUCUUGUGAAAAGGAUCGACAUAGCCUGCUUUUGGAUAUUUUUAGGACUUGUUAUUUUAUUAGCUGUCGUGUGUAUUGUUAUCAUGAUUGAAAGCGAUGUCGAAAGGGGUUAAUUGCACUAAUUAUUGAUAAUUUAUCAACCAUACUGCAUGACACAAAUCUAAUACCACUGUCUUCAUCGUUAUUGCAGAUUGGUGAAUAUAGGAAAAGUGAAAAUCUCUACAGUGUAACAAAUACCCGAUGGUCGAUGCCUAAUGUACAUUGCAUACACUGUUCUCAAGACAUGAACAUUAAUUUACCUGGAUGUACUCACGCGUAAGCUAGACUUUA